AUGAUCGGAAUGUCAACGCGAAAAAAAACGACAGAGGAAGCUGCCUCCAGAGUUCGGCUAAUUUACAUCGUUUUCAUUUUCAACUCAAUCAUAACUUCGGUUGCUUUCGUCUUCUACUCGUUGAACUGGUUCUCGCACAUAAAUAAUUGCGGAUCCAGUGGAACUUCAAUAACUUAUAUCGCAGGUAAAGCCGUUCACCAGUUUCAAAAAAAAACUAUGAUUUAUCUAAUUACAGUCACGGCAGCAUUUUUUUACGGAGUUAUAGCAAUACUCGCAGGAAGCGUUUUUUUCUUUACUUCAACAACAUCCGUACAUUCUAAAGCCCUAAUAGCGUGAGAAUUGAAACCCUGCGCAAUUUUUCAAAGAAGAAAGCAAUAAAUUUAGAUUCACCGUGAUGACAUUCUUAUUCACAUUGACCAUGUUGAUAACGAUGCUAAUAUCACUGACUGCAGAUUUUGAGCCAAGCUGCCUCUCCGACGGCAAUCGGGUAAAAAAUUUUCCCCAAAUAAACGCAUAAAUGAUUCUAACUCAGAUUGAAUUCUUCUACGUAUGGCUCGUAACGGGAGCCACGUUAUUAAUAAACUCCUUGCUACUUCUCAGCGCAAUACUCUGGAGGAACGCACGGAAUAAAAGAGAAGCACCUCAGCUACCAACAUACGAAUCAGCUCUAGCCUUCACGCGCAGUAGCGGGCAAUUAGAAGCGAAAAACGGGAGAAAUUCGGAUUUUUUAUAAAAAUAAAUUCUUUUUUUGACUAUUGUCGAGGGAAACAAUUCGGAUUGAAAAAUAACUUCAGAGAUGCGGUCAUCAAAAAACGUGUAAUAAGGUUCUCUAAAAGGAAAGGUGAUCGGAUUGGUCAUUUCAAUGAUCGCUAAAAGAAAGUUCGAAAUUUCGAAGUGUCAAAGUAUGACCGAUUUAUAGAAUCGCAACCAUUCACGAAAUUACUUCCAAUCGAUGUGAAGUCAUUGUGAAAAGUCCAAAAAUAAAUGACAAUGGAAAACUGAUUAGAGAAAAUAAAGAAGGACUUCAGUGUUAAAAAAUGAAGAAGGAAUUAAGUGUUAAACAUAAAAUCUUUUCCAAGUGACGCGUGAUUUCAAUUUUUCGCCGAAAAUUGAACAAAACGCGUUUGAAAAAAGCAACUAAUAGCCCGUGGAAAACUUUAUAGGCGUCUCAAGUCGGAGAAAUUUUACAAGAACAUGAAAAAUUUUCACAGCGGAUCCCGGAAAAAUUUAUUUAAUAGGCGGUCGCAGAACGCAAAUCGAAUGAUGACCGAGUUUACCAAUUCUCAGUGGAGCACCAUAGAACGUCAUUCUUUUUUUACUUCUAAAUUUAGUUCAAAAAAUUUUUUUCAUUUGACUUUCCUUUGUGAUGCUGCGUGGAUAAUGAUUUCGCGAAGCUCAUAACUGCCGUCAGAAAGUGAAAAAAACCAAAUUUGGGAGAGUCAGAAGUCAUUGAGUAUUUUGCAGAAAAAUACUUUGAACUCGGAAAAAAAGUUCAUAAAAAAAUAAAACCAAACGUUUCCGAAUAAGCCCACCUCUGUUCAAUUUGUGAAACUUUUUUUAUUAGGUACGGUUAUGGAAGAGCGCGAAAGAAUUAAGCUGAACAUCACAGGCACUUCAAGCUGGAAAUUGAGGUUAUACUUUAUUGCAUUUUUUGUAAAAUUUAAAACCUAUAGAUUACAACAGAUACUGCGUCUUCCAGCAACACGGACAAUCCCGGCGAUUGUUACUUCAACAUUAUUGUAUUUGAUUAUUUACAACGGUGCUGUCAGGUAAUUUUUAUUAAAUUGUUUUAUAGAGUAGCACUCUAACGCAUUCUUAAAAAGUUUCACUGUUCACGCAUGUUUGAGAUAGUACUACGGCGGCCGGUGGCCGGUCAAUAUUGCGCAGUCAGUUUCGGAGCCAGGAAAUUUUUUUAAUUUUUCUUUCUUUUUUGCAAUUGGUAAGGGACCUAUUUCUCAAGGUUACAAGGUUAGUUACGUCACAAAAAGUACACAAGAUAUCAUUUUAUUAUUGAAAAACCUAUCCAAACUACCGUAAUACGACCGGCCACCUUAAACAGGCGUGUGUUUGGAUUAUUUCUGUUACAGAUUGUGGAAAGGAGAAGGACACCCCAUUAACCGUUUUAUAUGGCGAAUUCAAAAGAACAAUGGUUCUUUAAAUGGAGAGUUGUUGCGCAAAGAAAAAUUGGUAAUAUAAAUUUAAACGGAACAAAUUAAAUAAUAAUUUUCAGGUACUGGAUUAUCACAAGUCAAGAUUUUACGAUGCUCGAGAUACGCCUCCUGAACUUGGAUACUGA